AUGCCUCCAAUUCCGGAAAGCCACGGUAACAGCACAUUGACGAAUCCUCGAGUGAUAUGUUACUAUCAAACCUAUUAUCCUAACAAUGGGACCGACUACAUUUCUACCCUCCCGCUUCUGACGAAUGACUGUGGGGUGUCGCACAUUAUUCUUGCCGCAAUUCAUAUCAAUGAUGAACCCGGAAAUAUUACACUCAACGACCAUUCCCCAGACGAUCCCCGGUACGUGCCGUUGUGGGCAGAGAUGCGCGUAAUGCAGGCGAGUGGGACCAAGGUGAUGGGGAUGGUUGGGGGUGCCGCCAAAGGCAGUUAUCAGAGGCUUGAUGGAAGCGUGGCAGAUUUUGAAGCGUUCUACUGCCCGCUCCGUGAUAUGAUACGAACGCGGAAUUUGAAUGGCCUGGACCUCGACGUAGAGGAGGAUAUGUCCCUCGACGGCAUUAUUCGCCUGAUUGAUCGCCUCAAAUCGGAUUUUGGAGAUGAGUUUAUCAUCACCCUAGCUCCCGUGGCCACUGCUAUGGUGCGUGGCCUGAGACAUCUCUCCGGCUUUGAUUACCGAGCAUUGGAGACUGCCAGGGGCUCAAAAAUAUCUUGGUAUAAUGUGCAGUUCUACAAUGGAUGGGGUCAUAUGCUGCAUCCCAGCGUCUACGAUACCAUCAUACAUCAAGGCUGGGAGGCGGAGAGGAUCGUUAUAGGUCUCUUGACCAAUCCCGCUAACGGGUCUCAGGGCUAUGUUCCAAUGGAAACGAUAAGUUCGGUGUUAGCAAACGUGCUGACAAAGUACCCAUCGUUCGGGGGGGUAUCAGGGUGGGAAUACUUCAACGCAAUGCCGGGGGGCAUCUCUCGCCCAUGGGAAUGGGCCGCUUCAAUCUCACUGAUAGUGGGAAUGAAGACAGUCCUUGCGUGUGCGACUUCUGCGCUUUACUCGAAGUUAGCCACGGCAUAG